UGUUUCAGCUAUAUUACAUUGCUCGUCUUCUUGUCUUAAAUUGGAAACAUGUGAACAUUAUAAAUGGCUGCCUUCAGAAAGAUCAUUGGGAAAACACUGUUUUAUAAUCUUGCCUGUUCAGUAGAAAACAUUAACAUGUGGAUGUUGCUUGGUGCAUCAAUUAUGUCAGAAUCUCCUUGAUUGUGAAGUCAUGAUACUGGUCAGAGACAGAGUUCCAGUCCUAGUUCUUCAUUUUCUUGAAAUAGGGAACUAGAAUCUGGUUAUUGUGGUUCUAUGCCAGAAUUGUCAAAUAGCCCAUUUUAGCAAUUUGCUAAAAAUAAACAAUUGAAUCUCAUCAAUUGUUCAUAUCCACCACCGAUGAAAGUUUAACUCCAACAGAACCAAACAUAACAAGACAACCAGCCACACACAUAACAACUAAUCCUUUCUUUCAUGACCCUUUUUUUUCUUCCCUCUUUUUCUUCAACCACAAGAAAUUCAACCGACUCCCCCUCGUUUCUUCUUAUCCUUAUCCCUGUUUCUUUCUCUAUUCUCUCUCUCCCCCAAUCCAAGGAGGGAUGGAGAUAGGAAAGAAACCAAACAUACCCGUAAAACUCCUUCCAUCUUCUUCUUUCUGGCCUUUCAUGACUCUUCUCCUGGCUUUCCUCCUCUUUCUCUCAGGGACCACCUCUGCUUUUGCGGCUGGUGAUCAUCACAAUGCGUUUAAGCCGACUGAUCAGAUUCUCAUUGACUGUGGGUCGAAGUCAUCAUCGGCCAAAACCCCUGAUGGAAGAGUCUUCAAGAGUGACCAAGAAAUGGUUCAAUACAUUGAAGCCAAGGAAGAUAUUCAGGUCUCAACUCCGCCCUCAGAUAACGUCUCAUCUCCUAUCUACCUAACGGCUAGGAUCUUCCUCGAAGGAGCCACUUACAAGUUCCAUUUGGCCCAUGCAGGUUGGCAUUGGGUCCGCCUCCAUUUCUCUCCCUUCCCUAAUGACAAGUUCGAUCUCCAACAAGCAACUUUCUCUGUCUUGACGGAGAAAUAUGUCUUGCUCCAUAACUUCAAGUUCAGCAACAACAACAAUAGCCAAGCUUUUCUUCAGAAGGAGUACCUCCUCAACAUCACGGAUCCUCUCUUCUCUCUAAGGUUCAAUCCCAUGAAGGAUUCUGCCGCUUUCAUCAACGCUAUCGAAAUCGUCUCUGCUCCUGAUGAACUGAUUUCAGAUUCAGGCACCUCCCUUUUCCCGGUUAUCGGUUUCAAGGGUCUGUCCGAUUAUGCUUACCAGUCAGUUUACAGGAUUAACGUUGGGGGUCCCUUGAUCACUCCUAAAAACGAUACGUUAGGAAGAACAUGGACAACCGACAAGGAGUACUUGCAAGACCAGAACCUGGCCAAGGACGUUAAGACAACCACCUCGGCGAUCAAAUACCCCGAGGGAUUAACCCCUUUGAUUGCACCACAGACGGUUUACGCAACAGCUGCCGAGAUGGCCGAUUCUCAUACCAUAAACCCUAACUUCAACGUUACAUGGAACUUCCCUUCCAACCCAUCGUUUAACUACCUCGUCCGACUGCAUUUCUGCGAUAUCGUCAGCAAGUCAAUGAAUGACCUGUACUUCAACGUGUACGUCAACGGGAAAACAGCCAUUUCGGGGUUGGAUCUGUCCUCUGUCACGGGCGAUCUUGGGACUCCUUACUACAAGGAUAUCAUUGUGAACUCAACUCUGAUGAGCCCUCAGCUCCAAGUCCAAAUCGGUCCCAUGGGAGAGGAUACAGGGUCAAGAAAUGCGAUCCUGAAUGGGGUCGAGGUCUUGAAGAUGAGCAAUUUAGUCAACAGCCUUGAUGGCGAGUUCGGAGUUGACGGUAGAACCAUCGGAAUGGGGAAGCAUGGCAUGGUUGCGACUGCUGGGUUCGUGAUGAUGUUCGGAGCUUUCAUUGGCCUCGGAGCUAUGGUCUACAGGUGGAAGAAAAGGCCUCAAGAUUGGCAGAAGAGGAAUAGCUUCUCUUCUUGGCUCUUACCCAUACAUGCGGGUGACAGUACCUUCAUGACAAGCAAGGCUGGUGGCUCUCAGAAAUCCAGCUUCUACAACUCGACUCUCGGUCUUGGCCGCUAUUUCUCCCUCGCAGAGCUUCAAGAAGCGACAAAAAACUUCGACGCUUCCCAAAUCAUUGGGGUUGGUGGAUUCGGGAAUGUCUAUAUUGGAACCAUUGACGAUGGAACCAAGGUGGCCGUGAAGCGAGGAAACCCGCAGUCGGAGCAAGGUAUAACCGAGUUUCAGACAGAGAUUCAGAUGCUGUCCAAGCUUAGACAUAGGCACUUAGUCUCCUUGAUCGGGUAUUGCGACGAGAACACGGAGAUGAUUCUUGUCUACGAGUACAUGUCCAACGGUCCGUUCAGAGACCACAUUUACGGGAAAAACCUGCCUCCUCUCUCUUGGAAACAACGUCUCGAAAUCUGUAUAGGAGCCGCGCGUGGCCUGCACUACCUCCACACAGGGACGGCCCAGGGGAUCAUCCACCGUGAUGUCAAGACUACCAAUAUCCUCCUCGACGAUGCAUUUGUGGCCAAAGUCGCGGACUUUGGGUUAUCCAAAGAUGUGGCCUUCGGACAAAACCACGUCAGCACGGCCGUGAAAGGGAGUUUCGGGUACUUAGACCCAGAAUACUUUAGGAGACAGCAGCUCACUGACAAAUCUGACGUGUAUUCUUUCGGUGUUGUCCUGUUGGAAGCUCUCUGUGCAAGACCGGCCAUUAACCCGCAGUUGCCGAGGGAACAAGUUAAUUUAGCCGAGUGGGCGAUGCAGUGGAAACGAAAAGGGCUGCUCGAGAAGGUUAUCGACCCUCAUCUGGCUGGAACGGUGAAUCCCGAGUCGAUGAAGAAGUUCGCAGAGGCUGCGGAAAAGUGUUUGGCCGACUAUGGAGUUGAUAGGCCGACAAUGGGAGACGUGCUUUGGAACUUGGAAUACGCUCUUCAGCUUCAGGAAGCGUUCUCGCAGGGCAAGGCUGAGGAGAAUGAGAAUGAAAAGUCCGUGGCUGCAGGCCCUGGUCCUGAGCCAGCGGCUCCACCGUCUGCCGUGGUGGCUCCGAGCACUCCCUUGGCGGUCAGUGACCGUCCAGUUUCUCUGCCGGAUGAGAACGGUGGUCCGGCGGAGGUUCAGGCCAUGGAUGAACACUCAGGAACGGCCGUGUUUACUCAGUUUGCUAACUUGAAUGGAAGAUAAACAGAAAGGAAGAAACUAAAAAUGAAUUCUUGAAGUGGAUCUAAAAUGCAUUUGUUUCGAGGGGGAGAGAUAGAAUAUGAAUUUUAAGAUAUUUGUUGUCAUUGUAAUUUUUUUAAUAUAUUUUUUUCUGUCUGACUAUGUAUUAUCAUGUAAUUUUUGUGGGUGGAGUGGAUAUGUAUGUAUGUAUAUUGCUAAGGCUGAUGCAUCUAUCUACUCACGCUCUCUUUCAUUCAGUUUUCUUUUGGGUUACAAGUUCACACGGAAAUUAUCUGUGAUUCUUCGGAACGUUAAAUAAAAACUUAGAAAUAUUAAAUAUGAUGACGAGUGAUAAAAAUUCCAUAUUUUAUUAAAUUAAAAUGUGGCCAAAUUGUAUGAAAAAGAGAAUGGCCAUUUCUAUGUUCGGUUCAACAAUUACAGUUAGUGAAAACGUUAAUACAACCUGUGGAGUUUUCUGUCCUAACAUUAUACCAAAUAGAGAGUUUCCCCCAAAACGAAUCUCCGACAAAAAAAAAAUAAAAAUCCUACAAUGUUAGAUUCUGUCCUAUCCAACCUUCUUCUUCUUGCUAACAACUAUGUCUGGAUCCUCCAACACGACAAUGUCUUCAUCAUCAAUGCCCACUUUAACUCUGACGUUUUCGUCCGGUUUCGUCUCAUUCCCGGUUUCCUCUGAGAGUUUUCUUUUCUUACCAGUGGCAAUCUUGGGUUCGGAUCCUGCGGAAAUUUCUGGAACCUCGAGGGAGUUUCCAGAAUCUCGAGGCCUUGCUGAACUGUCGUCACCAGUGUUGAAUUCUAGAGAGAAUUCAGAAAUGGAAAAGAGAUUUGAGAAUAAUUUCUGUAUUGAUUAAUAUGAAAUGAUCCAUACAAAAUGUAUUUAUACUAAUCCUAACAACAUACUCUAAUACGCCCCCACAAGAUGAAAGUGAUUAACUUUCAUCUUGGACAAAUACAAAACGAAAACGAAACAUUACAACCAUGAAUACCACAAUCAAACCGAAAACUAUAUCAAUGACAAAUCGAUCCUCGAACAAAGUCUCCACGACAUGAAACGAAGUCUGCAUGACUCGUAUAGAGCCUCCACGGCACGAAACAAAACCUCUACGGCUCGAAGAAAACCUCGACGACAUGAAUUGAACCUCCACGGUUCGAAAAACGCCUCAACGGCAUAAAAUGAGCACCACGGCUCGAAAAAACACCUCCACGGCAUGAGAUGAGCCUACACGGCUCGACGAACGCCUUCACGGCAUGAAAUGAGUCUCCACGACUCGAGACAAAAACACGACCAUCAAAGUCGAAAAACAAAUGACGCAGCAAACCGAAUCAGAAACCAAAUCAUAUCUGAUCAGUAAAACACCGGACAAAACCGGAGAACAUGUCAGAUGAAACAACCACAAAGAAAACCAAAUCACACCAAUCCAGUGGAGAAAUCAAAUGGUUGCAACAAGGCUGAAACCAGAAACAGUGUAACAAGACGAAGCUGGAGAAAUUAAAGCAUAUCUGGAGACUAUAAUCUUCAAUGAGAUUAAGUCAACUAGCAGCGAUCGGAAGUGUCACAUGGUGCAUGACACAAAGAAUAGAACCAUAUCCAUGGCUGAUCGGAGAUCAAGAGUUAGCUGAACCAAUCCAAAGUGACGGAUGAAGACGAGACAAUUACGACACCGUAAGAUCUAGCGAAAACGGCUGAGCAUGCGAGAGAUUCACAAACUGAAUCACUGUCCAAAACGACGAAGUGUGAAAGUCAAUCGAGAAGAUCCAAUGACCUCGCAGAGAGAGAAAGCAACCAAAUCUGAGAAGACAUCAGCAAAAGAGACGAAAUCUGAGACGAUCUUGCCGAAUUCAGUGAUGGAACUCAGAGAAACAUGGAAGAAUGUUCAGAUGGUACAGUUCUGCGAAUCAGAGAUAACAAUCAGCUAACCACCAACUCGAACAGACAGAUUUGAGAAGACCGAUACAAUUUGCUUCGACGACAGAGGAGAUGAUUGCGGAGACUGCCAGCAAGUGUAGAUCUCAGAAAUCUCCAGUAGAUUUGGACAGCAACAUCAUUUCGAACAACUCGGAGAACGACGAAGAACACGAACGGCGAAUCAUCAAUCUGAAAACUCGAACAGAUAGGAUCCAGAAGCUGGUGACACUUACGGAGAAGAAAUCGGAGGUCGAACAGAAAACGAUUGAGUAGACUUGGCUUCGAUGACAGAGAAACCUAGUGGAUCGGAGGAUUUGCCGGCGAAUUUCGCCGAAGGUAAAUCAAUCGUGCAGGAAACAAAAAAUUUGCAAUGGAAGAAGAUGAUGUUGAACUUGAAUAAGAGAGAAUCAAAUUUGGUGAAAUACAAAACAAAUCUGGUGAAAUUUUGGAAGAAUUGAAUCAAAGAUGAGAAAUGAAAAGAGGAACAAAUGAAAUCUCCACAGAAAAUAUUUUCUCUCUGAUACCAUGUUGAAUUCUAGAGAGAAUUCAGAAAUGGAAAAGAGAUUUGAGAAUAAUUUCUGUAUUGAUUAAUAUGAAAUGAUCCAUACAAAAUGUAUUUAUACUAA